GGAGACGCCACGGAGCGCCCUGCUUGUCUCCCAACGCCCCCGGGUCGGCUCCUCUCGCUGGGGAGGGGAGGAGGAGACUGAGCGCCUCACCUGGAGGAGCUGCGCGUCGGCACCUUGGGCUGCCAGCAAGGGGAGGGGGAGGUCAGGCUGCUGCUGAGGAGACGGUGCCCUCCAGCCCCCUGCUUCCUGGCGGAGCCAGUGCCUUCCCAGGCCAUUGUCUGGAGCUGUCACAUGGGCUGUGGUGCUGAAUUUAAGCAGAUUUCUGAAGGACAUGCCACGAGCACUUCCUCCAGCCUGCGGGGACUGCCGGGCGGAGAGAUUCCCCCAGACUGCAGCCGCCACUGGGUUUAAGAUGCUUCUGUAGCCUCCCCGAGAUGAGCUCGCCCAUUGCAAAGAGCGAAUCCAAGACUUCGCUCCUGAAGGCAGGGGGGAGCCGGAGGGCUGCGGUAGGAGCAGAGCCCCAGCCCAGGAAGAGCCAUGCUCAGGAUGGGAAAGGGCAACCCAGGUACCCAGUGAGGGAGCUGAGCAGCCAGGAGCAGCUCCAUGGGGACCCCAGUUCCAGGAGGCCACUUUGCCACCCAGGAGUCAAGGAGAAUAGAGUGAAGGGGCUCAAGAAGCAGUCACAUGGACAGGGUGGGAGCCAGCCGGAGCCAGCAGAAGGAGGUCCAAGCAGAGGCAUCAGCAAGGAGCAAGCCAGGACAUCUAGGCAUCAUCACCAACAUCACCAUCACCACCGCAAGCAGCAGCAUCCCAGCCUGGACCAACUGCAGCAGCACACCCAGAGGGAUGGGGAGGAGAGGGAGGAGGACUUUUUCUUCGGUCACAGAGAGGGGUCUAGCAGAGAGUCCCUAAAGCUCUCUGAAGGCUCGUCACCUCUGUCCAAAUCCAGCAGCAAGUACUCCACCAAGUCCAACAGCAGCAACAGAUCCGGGGAACCAGAUCCCCUCUUCCACCAGCUGCACCCCAUUCUCAGCUCUGUCUUUGGCCAGGACAGAGAACUGCGACCAGAAGAAAUUGAAGAGUUAAGAGAAGCCUUCAAGGAGUUUGAUAAAGACAAGGAUGGGUUUAUCAACUGCAGGGACCUGGGGAACUGCAUGCGGACCAUGGGCUACAUGCCUACCGAGAUGGAGCUCAUAGAGCUAUCCCAGCAGAUCAACAUGAACUUGGGCGGCCAUGUGGAUUUUGAAGAUUUUGUGGAGCUGAUGGGACCAAAACUUUUGGCAGAAACUGCAGAUAUGAUUGGUGUAAAGGAGCUACGUGAUGCCUUCAGAGAGUUUGACACCAACGGUGAUGGAGAGAUCAGCACCAGUGAGCUGCGGGAGGCCAUGAAGAAGCUGCUGGGGCAGCAGGUGGGCCAUCGGGAUAUUGAAGAAAUCAUCCGAGAUGUGGACCUGAAUGGAGAUGGGCACGUGGAUUUCGAAGAGUUUGUUAGGAUGAUGUCCCGUUGAAGAUUACACUCAUCUGAAGAGGAAUCAGCACCUCAGUGAGGGCAGAAGAGACCUGAGUAGAGCAUCUAGCCCCGAUGUUCCCAUGCAAAGGUUAAUAGGCUGGAUGCAUUUGAGACAGUGCGAGAUGACCCGCCUCUCCUGCCCCAAAGUGGUCCCCACACUCCUCCACCCUUUCACACUGUGAAAGACUCAUAAUGUCCUAUAACUGGAAUUAUUCCUCCAAGAAGGCGACAGCAGGAAACUGCAGCGCCAGGACAAGCCAUGAUGUUUUCAUGAGAUGUUUGCAACUUUAGACUCCUCCUCUCCUGCUUUUAUUCUCCCACCAACUGCUGAAAAGCAAGAGAAGGAGAAAGCCUCUCAGAUUGGGGAAUGAAAGCAAAGCCAUCUGGGCUUGGUGGCUGCAGCAGGUCGCGCUCUGCGCCUGUUGGAUUCCCUUGGUGAACUGUAUCCGUGUUUGCUGUGUGUCUGUCUGGAGUUAUUUAUGCCUCCCUGGUACAUUCUUGUGUCUUCUGUGGUUAUGUUUACCGAGAGCAACUACAAAUACAUGUUUGGGAAAAAAAAGGUGAUAAAUGUGCAAACUGAAGCUGUGUGUGCAGCCCUGGCCUUUCUGUGGGAGGUGAAGGGUGGGCUGGAGGGAGGAGCAUCUGCCAACCGAUCCACUCCAACCAGACUACUUUGGGACCCAUAUUGUGGCUGGGGAGACAAGCUGGAGCCAGGGGAGGUAGGUGCUGCUUGUUGCAGGAUUGGUGAUUGGGUGCUGUUCAGGGUGAGUGAUGCCUCCAGCCAAUCUAGUCACAGGCAGCAUAAUGCAAACACAUGAUAUACAUACUGCCAGGUACCAAAGACUUAAUGGUCUAAAUUCCUCCUUGCUGGAAAUCCAUUUAAGUCAGUGGAGUUACAUCAGGGAUUACAGUGUCUGAGGCUGUACAGUCAUCCAGAAUACAGAGACUCUGUCUGUCUGUUGCCUACUAAGAAGUGCACCCUAGAACACAGUAUGUGACUCUGCAGUAUGUACCAACAUACUGGCCCCCAAGCUCUUCUUGUCCCUCUUCUAUAGCAUCAGGUGCAUAUCCCUCUCUUUAUCCUAGGCUCUCCCUUGGACUCUCCUAUCCCCCCCUCACUCUUUGUGUCUCAGGCAUAUGCUGGGGCUGCUCCAUUCACAUCCCUAUUUCUCUAGGCUGGGGCUUUCAGUCACUCACUAGAUCAUUGGGCCCAGUUCCUCCUGCAGUUCAAGGGGCAUUGUCCCCUCUCUCUGGAUUUCUCAGAGUCUUCUGGGAGCAUUUUCUUAUCCUUGGCUGUCCCUCUUCCCAUGGUAGGGGCUGAGAUACAAGACCCUCCUACUAGCCCAGUGUUGCUAUUCAUUUUUUUCCCCUUAGACUGCCAGGUUCCAAAAUUCUGUCUGUCCCAAAGGCACAAUGCCCUGAAUGAAGAUUUUCCCUUGCUUCAGUUUGCUUGUUGCUGUGCCAGUCAGUCUGUAAUUGACAUUCCAGCAGUGGGAGCAUGUAUGAGAGUGUGCGUGUAUGAGAGUAUUUGGACAGGAGUGUGUGGGCGGGUUUGUGUGUGUGUGUAGGGAAUGCAUGGGAGCGGGCACGUGGCUAUUUGCAUUGGAGAUCUCGGUGUGUGCGCGUGCAAUACUACUAUAGGUAUGUGGGUGUGCUCACCAGAGGUGAAAGGAAAGUGAAUGUACAAGUAGUUGCACAUGAUACUGAAGCAAACAUGCAGGCCUGUGAUAUGUGUGUGCAGACAGUGUGUGUGUGCAGUGCACUGAUACUGCUGUGAUGAGCACAGUACAGAAUCCUAACUAGUUAUAUAGCCAUGUGUAUGAUGGGAAUGUUUGUAUAGGCAUGUCCCUAAGCAAUGGAAGAGUGUGUGCUUGCAUGUCCUGUGUGUGUGUGUGCAAAGUGCAAUGGGAAUGUGUGAAGUGAUGGAACAGCAUGUGUAUGUGUGAGUGAUGAGAGGGAGUGUGCAUGGAUGCCCCUGUGUAUGCAUGUGAUGGGAAUGCCUGCAUAGGUGUUGAGUGUUGAUGCAUGUGUGUGUGAUAAAUGUACAUGCACAUGGCAUACUGAGCAAUAGGAACAUUGCAGGGGUGUGUGUGUGAUGGGAAUGAGUUUGCAUAUGUGUGGCCCAUGGAUGAAUGGGUAAAAUAGUCACAGUAACUGUCUCUUUGGCUGCCUGCUUGCUGCCUGCCCCUGCACUGAGGCUCCUCUGCCUGCAGCAACAGAUGGUGGGACACUGUCUUAAUUUAUUUAAAAUCAUAAGUCCAUUCAUGGAGGUUGCACAGAGUCCAAAUUGCACAGGAUUCCCCAGAAUGCAUAAUCUCACUCACUGGGCACAUUCUCUGCUCAUUACUGCUGCUGGGGGCUUACAAAUAAUCACGUAUGCUUAGAGUAACCCUGCCAAAGCAUCAGCCUGGAGGAUGCAGGUGCAAUGCAUGUAUUGGGGGAAGGGUGCUCUCUGACAGAUGGAAGGUAGAGAGGUCCCUUUCCUGUCUGGUGAUGGCAGAGACUAGAGGCUUUCUCACUCUGAUCUGGGGCUAUCUGGAAGAAAAGAAUAUCACUAAACACAAUUUCACCUGUGAAUCUUGAGUCCAGCUCUGCCGUAUGGAGCCACUGGGGCCAUGGAUUGCAUCAGGGCACAGCUGUGCUGCAUGAAGAGGCCGUAGUUGGGCUAGAGUAGACAUGAAAGCCCAAGGCAUUUGUUGAGGAAAGUCUUGGCAUCCCCCAUAAACCCACUGGCUCCUCAAUGCAGGAUCAACCGCGUGAUAGGUCAGAUGGGGCUGGUCUGGAUGCAUGCAGUAAUUGCUGUUGGUGCCAGCAGAAUCUCUUCCUCCCAGGGAUGGUUUUAUCUCCCUAUGCAACCUCGAAUAAUCCCAGGGAGUUUUGCUAUUUUUUUGUGCUGACAGGGUCAGAGAUUAAAUCUUCAAUCUAAUAAUCUCAUUCCAGGGAUAAUCCUUUUGCUUUCAUCUCCCAGCCAGUGCCAGGAAGGCUUCCAAAUAGCCCUGAAAGACAAUAUGGAACAAGCAAGGCUCCGUCUGUCUCCCUUCUCUCUUGCCGUGGCCCUGUGCUCAUCAGGAUAAGCCCCAAGGCCUCAGGCUGCUGUCUCUAAGUGUUUUUGUCCUUAGCUGAGUGUGACCAUGUUGCUCCUCAAGAUAGCCCCAUCCUGUUUCAGUCUAUCACGUUCACUGAGCCCUGGUUCUGCCUCCCAUCCAUGGGUCUCUAUUCUCUGUUUUAGCCACCCUAACUACGGAUAAUUCCUAUGGAUAAUAUAGCCUGUAACUUCCCACCACAGUAAAUGACUGGGGCCUUAAGAGGACUAAUUGAAGGCAUCAUCCAUGCAGAAUAAAUACAGGCCCAACACAUGAAUUAAUCUAAUUUCGCUGCUGCUUCUAGAGGAUGGGGACAGCUCCAGGGAUUGGGAAGAAGACACUGGGCCUUUCACUUGUAGGUUACAAGUGUAAACCCAGCAUGGGUCAGGGGACUGGCUGGUUUAGCAGAUUAGUAACAAGAUACAGAGCCUUUUGUGCCUAUAGCACCAGCUCCCAUCUAAACUGGUAGUGUCUGAAUGUUACGGACAACUUCAGUGGCCUAUUGCAGGUGGGGAUGGGAUGGUCUCAGUCCUCAUUAGUGAAAGCUGGGUUCAACGACCCACCUGACAGUGGCUGCAGAGGGACCGAGAACUGAAUCAUGGAGGCUGAACACCCCUCUUGCAGUUAGACCUAGCUCCCAGGCCCUCACCUCUUUUGCCAAAUCGGAUGUUAAGCAAGCCUGCUACUCAGUGAAUAAUAAGCAGUCUGGCUGGCACAGAGGAAGAUACUCUCUUAACUGGAGAGAUGAGUGUUGUAUUGGGGAGGGGAGAGACAACAAUAUGCCACUUUCCCUUUCUCCUGUUCAUAGCAGAGACAUGUGACCCUUUCCAAGCCAGCUGAGUCUUAGAAUUGAAAGGAAGCAGAAGAAAUAAAGAGGCCACUUACAACUCGAGGCCUGCCCAGCACCAGCCCAACAGGAGGAGCACCUCCCUCUGAGACAGGAAGGAAGGAGGUACAAGGUCAGUGUCAGAGGAAGGGAUACCCCUUGUGUGACAUGCGACCAGGCAGAGUGCAAUGGGCCAGGUUUGCUCAUUCACAUCCCAUAGGAAGCUGAAGUGGGCCUGAUACAGAAAAGCACCAGAGGCCAGCCAUUAGGUCUCUGUGUAAUCUCCUCCAAGCAACCCCAAUAAAAACCCUCUUCACCAGCAACUGUGCAAUCCCGAGUGACACAUACUAGCCCUGAGUGCAGCAGCAGGUGCAUUAGGAUGGCAGUGGCUGCCCCUCCUCCAGACAAACCCUCCCUAGUUGUGUGAGCCCCUUCCUGGGUCACAGGCCAGAACAAUAGGGCAGGAGGGGCUCCCAGCAUGCAGUGUAACCUUCUGCUUGGACUGAACGAAGCAAGGCACAGUGAUCUGUGUGUCUCUAUGGGCUGCACCUCAGGACUACAGAUAAAAGUGAAGAGUGUGUGAGGUAGGGGCUGUGCUUGAGCAACCUCUUCAUAAAGCACAGCCCAGCUCCAGGCCCCUUUCUGUGUCCCUGCCGGGCAAAGGUUGCCCCGCCUUGACAUGGGCUGGCCAACUGCUCAGGUUUGUCAUGGCUGAGCGACGUCAGCCAGCGAAGGCCCCUCACCAGCAGUGCUGUCAGGUCUUGCCAUGGCAGGCCCCACAGCGAAGGGAUUCUGGCUGGGCUGAAGCCUGGCUGGAGAUGAGGCAAAAAGCUUCAGGCCACUCACAAGAUUGAGCCCUGCCUGAGGGACUGAGCCCAGCCCCCCGAUUGGCUAUCUGCCCCCCUUACUUGCCUCCUGGAGCCCAGCAACAGUCAGAGUUGCUGUAGGAAGAGCUUCCUCAGCUACCCAGAAGCAACUCUCGCAGGAGGAGGGAAGGGAGCAGCAAGAACUCAGCAGCUCUGCUCCCUUUUGUGAGCAGUGGGAACAGCCCUCAACUCUGCCCCUGCAGCACUCAGCCUGGGGAGG